AUGGCUCUCAGUUGCGGAAUACCUUCGAUCUCCGCCCAGUCCCGACUGCUGAUGGUAAUCGCGAUGUCGACCUGCUUCUUGAUUACAGAGCUGGCCGUCGGUUUCAAGACCCAUUCUCUCGCUCUCAUCGCUGACGCAUUCCACUACACGGGCGACCUGCUGUCAUUCGUGGUAGCAUACCUAGCUCAGAAGCAUGCGGCUGCACUCCAGCGGGACAUGAUCCCUGAAGAUACGGCCAGCACUCUCGAAGCCGCCGAGAACCGCACCGCAAUUAUCCGAGUCGACAAAAAGGACAGUCGUCAUGUCCUGCCUCUCUUGGCUGCUUUCUUCAACAGUGUCUUCCUGCUUGCUCUGGGCUUGGCCAUCUUCCUGCAAGGACUGGAGAAGUUCAUCCAUCUCGAUGAAAUCGCCAACCCAAAGUUGGUUUUGAUCAUUGGCUGUGUCGGCAUACUGACUAAUGUCAUCUGUGCCUGCAUCCUGGGGGCAGAUGGCCACUACCAUCACGGUCACAGUCAUGGCCACGGCCACGGACAUGGCCACGGACAUCAACACUCCCACGACCAUGACGUAGCAGGCAACGAGACUCGAUCAAGCGAGGACGAGAAGCUCUCACAGGGAACUGCCCUUUCGAUGAAAGCCGUCCUCCUCCACGUCGCCGCAGACGCGCUCAACAACCUCGCCGUGAUAGUAUCGGCAGCCAUCAUCUGGAAGGUCCCUUCAGAGAACCCGCCAGAGUCCAGACCCCACCACGACUCGGAGCACAACCACUACGGCAGCCCACACGCAAAGUACUAUGCCGACCCGGCAUGUACCGUCUUCAUUGCCAUCCUGAUCAUGGCAAGCACGGGUCCGGUGGUGCUGCAGUCUGGCCGAGCUCUGGCAGCUGCUGCAACUGGGGCCAACGUCAAGGAGAUAUUAACUGACAUCCCAAAGGAGGAGGACGGACACAAGGAAACCUGCCAGUAG